GAAAACAAAUAUAGUGUUCUCUUUCGUUCAACACUGAUAUCUGCGGUGGCGGCAGCAGUAGUACUGUCAAAUGUGAAGGAAAAAAAACGCUGUCAAAUGUCAACAUUGAUUACUAAUAACUCAAUUGUGAUCUAAAUUAGUAAUAGCAAUCAAAUAGAUUUUGUUUUGUUUUCGAUUUAUAUUAAGAAUAGAACUGAGCUCAACCAUUUCUUUUUUGAAAAAAAAAAUGACCGAUUUUGUGUGGCCAUGGGAAUAUAGUUUUCCACCUUUUUUCACAAUACAGAUGCAUGCAAAAACGCGUGAUAUCCAAUUGAAUACAUGGUCUGAUUUGGUGCUGAAAUACCAAAAAACACUGAAACAACCAAUUCUUAAUAUAAACGAUGAAAACACCGAUUUAUUUGUGAAUAAAGAACUGAAUCGACGUUUGAAUGUUGAUGGGCGAGCCCUAAUUAUGGAUGCAUUAGAAAAAUCAGCGCAUGCCGCACCAAUUGAUCCGAAGAAACGUGAUAUUUGGGAAAUCUAUUGGUUUACAUUGGACGAAUGGGCCAAUAUGAUCUACAAAUGGGUGUCAGACAAUGCAAUGAUUGGUCAAGUUUGUACUGUUUUUGAAAUAGCCAAUGGUGACAAUUCAACUGAUCAGGAAUUCCAUGGUCUAAGCAAUGAAAUUCUAUUGAAAUGCUUAAGAAAAUUAGAAGAAUCGGGAAAAUGUGAACUUAUCGACGAAGAAGGGGUAAAAUUCUUUUAGAUUUUUCAAUAAAAAAAAAACACAACAGCAACAACAACAACGAUGACUAACAUUAUUGAUGGCAUUUUAAUGUUAACCGAUACCAUAUAACAAGGAAAAUUGUUAAACAAAUGAUAGUAUUUAAUGAAUAAACUUUGUCUUACUAAAACAAAUUUCAUGAAA